UAAACCAACAACAACAACUAAAAACACUGUAUACGAAGAAUGUUCUAGUAAACCAACAACAACUAAAAACGCUGUACAGAAGAAUGUUCUAAUAAACCAACAACAACAACUAAAAACACUACAUGAAGAACGUUCUAGUAAACCAACAACAACUAAAAACACUGUAUACGAAGAAUGUUCUAGUAAACCAUCAACAACAACUAAAAACACUGUACAUGAAGAAUGUUCUAGUAAACCAUCAACAACAACUAAAAACACUGUACAUGAAGAAUGUUCUAGUAAACCAACAACAACAACUAAAAACGCUGUACAUGAAGAACGUUCAAGUAAACCAACAACAACAAAUAAAGACGCUGAACACGAAGAAUGUUCUAGUAAACCAACAACAACAACUAAAAACAGUGUACAUGAAGAACGUUCAAGUAAACCAACAACAACAACUAAAAACACUGUAAAUGAAGAACGUUCAAGUAAACCAACAACAACAACUAAAAACACUGAACAUGAAGAAUGUUUGAACGAAACUAAUGAUAUGCUUACAGUUAGGCCCUAA